AUGACAAGCUUGGAGGCGAACAAUCUGAAGAGAGAGCUUCUGGAUGCCGUCGCGAAGUUCAAGGAGCUUCAAGACCGUGAUGGUAAGGUCUCUGUUGAUUUUGGAGUGCGGGGAGGGGAGUUGGAUUCCAAGUCAAGGGCCCCACGAAAUCUAGCCGAGGACGGAGGGUUUUACAAGAUUUCCAAGGACGUAGGAGAAGCUGCGGACAAGAUCUUUUCUAUCGUCGAAGAGCUCGGGAGGGUCAACCCGAACCCCGAGGCAACAAAACACUUUGGGACAGAUCAGGGCAAAGACUGCAAGCUCCAUGGAAGGUGGUGCUUGCUUUUCACCACGGCAGCGGACGCAACUUUCAGCACCAAGUCGAAGAGAGGAGAUGCGAGAGCUUCGAACGAGGUCGAUGCUGUGGCGGGGAAAGUCAUGAACAUCAUCGAGUUCUCUCCUCGUCCUGACGGGAGCAAACCUGCUGUCUCCAAACUCCAGGUACGUCUUCGUGCCAUGGCUCUGUCUCCGACGAGGGUCGGCCUUCAGUUCAAGUACGUCAAGGCGAGUCUGCAAAGGCUCUUUGGCUUCGAGCUCCCGGGACGGGGGCUCCCACUCUGGUUUCCUGUGCCCGGGCCAACGUUGACACGCCUCCUAUUCUUCUUCCGCAAGGUGAAGGACGUUCCCAAGGCCUUCUUCGACGUGAUCUACCUCGACGACCAGCUCAGAAUCCAUCGGACGGGGGAGGGGAAUUUGUUUGUUCAGGUCCGGCCUGACUGGAAGGAAGGGAUGGCCAUUACUAUGAGAUGA